CUGGUUAAGAAUUGCAAUGAGGGAGCUCGUGCUAUGGAGAGGACAGAGCAGAUGUACACCCUGCAGAAACAGCUGGAAUUUGGAAAGAAGAAGCCUUUAGCGCUGAUUUCUGCUUCCCGCUGGCUGCUGAAGCGGGGGGAGCUGUACCUGCUGCUGUCGGAAGAGGCGGGCAUCUUCCGGAAGCGCCCAGCUCCACAGCCCUUGGCCUUGCUUCUGUUUGUGGGUGGCCGCGAGGAGAGCUACACCGUCAUGAACUACGCCAUGCUGGACCAGAUCAUGGUGGAGAAGAUCAAGAACAUGGACCCGCCUUCCCCGCCUCCCAGCAAGACCGGGAGUGGUGGCCUGGCCCGUGGCCCAGCCAGCGGGUACCUGCUCCGGGUGGUGAUGGAGAAGGACAGCGAGGGCAGGCGGGAGGAGAUAGUGCUGUCGGCAGAGACGCUGAGCGACCGGGCCCGGUGGAUUGCUGCGCUGAUGCACAGAGAAAAGGAAAAGCAUGACACCACUCCCAAAGGAGAUCUGAGCCAAGUGGAGAUAACCCACGCAUACCUGGCUAAACAGGCGGACGAGAUUUCCCUGCAGCAGGCGGACGUUGUCCUGGUGUUGGGCGGAGAGGAUGGCUGGUGCUGGGGUGAGAGGCUGAGGGAUGGAGAAAGGGGCUGGUUUCCCCAGUCCUGCGCUCGGCAGAUCACCAGCCGCACGGCCGUGGAGUGCAACGUCCGCCGGAUGGAGCGGCUGCGGGAUAGAGACCAACGU